GCACACAAAGCGCACAAAGCGCACAAUGCGCAGCGCUUUCUCUCAAGCGCACCGCCGCAGGGAAACCACUUUCGGCGAUGGACGGACAUCGCCCAGGCGCACCGCAGCUCUGAUCGUCGCUGUUUUUGAAGCGGUUUCUCACACAGCGAUUUCAGCUGAUGAGAGCCAGAUUCCAGUGGAAGAUCUUUUGCCUUGUAAAAUCUGUGGUAGAACAUUUUUCUCCACAGCGCUUAAGAAACAUGUGCCUAUUUGCCAGAAAGCUUUGACUAAGAAAAGGAAAGCAUUCGACUCCAGUAGGCAGAGGGCAGAAGGAACAGACAUUCCCACAGUGAAACCCUUGAAACCAAGGCCCGAACCUCCCAAGAAGCCGUCCAGCUGGCGCAGGAAGCACGACGAGUUCAUCGCCACCAUCCGCGCGGCCAAGGGGCUGACCCAGACCCUGAAGGAGGGCGGGCCCCUCCCCCCGCCCCCGCCCCCGUCGUACGACCCAGAUUAUAUCCAGUGUCCGUACUGCCAGCGGAGGUUCAGCGAGAGCGCUGCCGAGAGACACAUCAACUUCUGCAAAGAGCAAGCGGCCCGAAUUAGCAACAAAGACAGGCUUCCCGCCGAUGCCAAGGGGAAACCGCCGGCACGGUCACAGUACAAGCCCCCGGCAAUAAAGAAGACGAGCUCUUCAGCCCCAGCCGCGCCCUCCUCCUCGCGCUUGCCUCAGCGGUCCUCGCCGGCGCAGGCAGCCGCAGGGCCGCCCUUGAGCAGAAUCGCUUCAUCUGGACCUGCCAAGACAAACGCUUCUGGCUUCUCUCCAUCUCGCACCGUUUCUGCAGCGUUAACGUCCCCUCCGUCUGGAGCAACAGUGAAGUCGAGAACACCUACUUCACCGGGAUCCCUGAAGAAUACGUCUGGCGCUCCAGGAAACAAAAGAAAAGUCUACAAUGCUGAUAGCUAUGCUACCAGGAAUAAUGCCAAAAGCGGAUGCGAAGUCGAUUCUUCACCGCCAGCGAACGGAAACAGGAAUAAGGGUGUACCAAGAUCCCCGUAAACAGGAGGCUUCAGGCUGCUAACUUAAAUUACCUAGGUUUGAAACACAGAGCCUAUAAUGUAAGCCAUGGAAGUUAUAACUAUAGUUUGAAGAAGUUCAAACAGGGAGCUUCAUCAGCAUGCAUAGGCUGCAAAGGAACAGGUAAAGGUUUAUUCCAACCUGAAGAAGGUUACACAGCCAAAACAUUGUCUCUUUUCUUUUACUUUCAGCAGGAAUAAACCUUUACCUGGUCCUUCGCAUAUACAACUAUAGUUAGUGCUGGUUAAUCGCCCAUGCUCUGGUCUGAAUAAAGCCAGACCAAUGCAAACUUUAGCUCUGAUGGCCUGCAGACUGACAGAGUGGACCACACAUUACCUACAUUAUUUCCUUGUACUGGAGAGCCCAGAACUGGUAAAUUUAAUAUUUCUUAAUUUAUAAAAAUACUUUAACUCCAACACAUCUGAUGGCCUAAUACACAAACACAUGUACUGUACUUUAACAAAAGUUCCAUGUACCUUUAUUUUUCAGCUAAACAUAAUAAUACUUUAAAACCCUGCCAGACUAAACAAGAUACUGUAAGAACCCUGGUGGCAAUCUUACCCUUCCCCCAUCCCUGUCCAGGACAGGACAGCCCUCCUGAGCCUCAGAGUGACCCGAAAAACCAACCCCUUCUUUUACCCACCUGGCUUGUACAAAAAGGCAUUACACCAUGUGAAAGAAAUUAGCCCUGCUAGUACUGACCUUAGUGCACAAUUACAAAUGUAGAAAGGGUCUUUUGCUGUCAUCUUAGCGUUCACCUUUGUUCACCCCACACCUGGACAGUGCGUGCCCGGCUCUGUCAGGGUCUGUGGGAGUCGAGGCUUGCACUGAGGUUUCAUGUCCUCCAGGACUCCCAGCCUCCAGGCACACAACAGAGAAAUCCCCCUCCUUCUCC